AUGCCACGUCUUCUAGCUACUCAAUCGCACGUUGUUCAUGGGUACGUGGGCAACAAAGCUGCCACUUUCCCUCUGCAAUGCAAAGGAUGGGACGUUGAUUGCAUCAACAGUGUGCAAUUCUCGAAUCACACCGGAUAUGGCAUGGACAAGGUGUUCGGAACCGCUACAUCUGCAGCAGAGUUGGAAUCUGUGUUUACGGGUCUGAAGGAAUUCGAAGACUACGAUGCUAUGCUAUCAGGGUAUCUGCCCAACCGAGAAUCCGUAGCCUGCAUGGCGAAAAAUCAUGCUGAUCUUAAAAGAAGAGAUCCGAGCCUGACGUGGCUCCUGGACCCAGUGAUGGGCGACGACGAGGAGCUUUACGUGGACGAAAACGUUAUACCAGAGUAUAAGUCUCUGGUGGCAUCAUCUCUCGUGGAUGUGAUAACUCCGAAUCAGUUCGAACUCGAAAUACUAUACGGCCGCAAAAUAAAAAGUGUCAGAGAGCUCCAGGACGCACUGAAAACUUUACACCAAACAGUUCCAGUCAUUGUCGUGACGUCGUGCUCCUCGGGCCUGUUCGGCAAUAGCGACCAUCUGUAUUGCGUCGCAUCCAUGCGUGGCCAACCUGCCUCGAUUUACAAAAUUCCCGUGAUAGACUCGUAUUUUACAGGCGUAGGUGACCUGUUUUCCGCGCUUUUGAUAGACUACAUUCACCACAAGUGUAAUGAUUCCAACACUAUGGAUUGUCUAGAUAUAAAUGGGGUUUUGGCCACUGUGCAUCAGGUUUUGGCUGUUACUUUGGAGCACUCGCCCAAGUGUGUGAAAGCAUCCAUGGGGUCACCACUAACCAUGAAGCAAAUGGAACUGAGAAUCAUCGAAAGCAAAAAAUGGUUCACAGGUAAAACUCCAAAUGAGAACUUUUACCAUGGUCAGUUAGAUCUUGUAUAG